CUAGAGACCCGUGGAUUCGAUAUUUAUUACUUGUGCCACUAUACUGCAGUCCCUUUCAUUGGUUACACUUGGCCAUUGUUAGGUGUUGUGUUCCAGAGCAUCAAGUUUUUGGCGCCGUUGCCGGGGACUUUCUAGAUUAUUAGGAAAGGCAGAAGUUUGUUACUUUAGCGUUUUUCUUUUCUUUUCCACCCUUGCUUCAAAUCAAAGCCCUUGCUGCUUCCGAUCCCUCAUUUCUCCAUGAUAUGGAGGAGACUGUUCAGCGCUCAGCGAAGCAAACAGAGUGGGUGGAGCAAGUUUGCUCACAUCUUGCUCAAGAUCACCUUUCUGCUACCACGCUAGAAGAGGUGGAGGAUGACAAAGGCUAUGGGGAUGUUGAGGAGCAUACAGAAGUUAUCACAGAGAACUCCCAUGAUAAUCAUGAACAGGAAAGUCCUCUGGUUGCAGAUCACACAAUUCCUUAUUUCUGCUCUAACAUGCUGGGCCCGAGCGAGGAGAUGCAAGAUGAUCUCAUUGUAGAAAUUAUAUGGCGACUUGCUCUCCAAUUUGUGCUAGAAGAAGAAGAGCAAGAAAGGGUGCAGAAAGAAGUUGUGGAGGAUGACGAAAGUGAAGCAGGAGGAGUUCUUGAUCAUUUCCCAGGGGUGAUACCACAUGAAGAAGAAAGGGGGGUUGAAGAAGCAAUUGGCGUCCAGGCUGAGAACGGAGUUGAGGUGGAAGAGGCCUGCACCGGCCAUGAGUUGCAAGUGAUAUCCCCACCAAACUUUGAGGAACUGCUUAGCAAGGACCCAUUUGCAGUGUCUCUUUGCCAGACCAAGGCCACAUCAACAUCGGUCCCUCUUGGUGGACGCGAUGGUGGCCAAUCGAUGCUGUCAUAUCUGGUUUAGGGCAAUGAGACGAGAGAAGAGAAGAAGAGGUCUCGAGGGUGGAGACUUCAUCUGCAUCAAGUACAUGAGCCUUCAUCACCUGCCACACUACAUGCUCGUGACUUGAGACUCCACCUCAUCGACGAGAACCUCAACUUCAAGGAGGUUCUAGCAUGGACCGAAACUUAGGAGACAUCGUCCGGCUCACGACGUGAAAGAAGCGCUUGUUGGGAGGCAACCCAACCAGUCGGUUUGCAUUUCUUUCUCUAUUUCUCCUCAGUUGAGUCAGUUUUUUUAUUUGAUUUUAGAGUCAAUAACUCAACCUUUGUGAG